ACCGAACAGAUUCAGUUGCGCAAACGCCGCGAUGAGAACGCGGACCUACUUAAAACUAUAAAAAUACUUUUACGUUUUAUGUCAACAAUAUAUCAAAAACUCUUUUAAAUACGUAUUCGCGCGUAAUAAGUAAUAUGUUAAAAUCGGGUAAAAGGUAGUUGUUAAAUAAGCAAAACCGAUGUACCUUCUUAAUUUAAUUUUGUUUUUAUUUUUUCCCGACGUUUCGAUCAUUGUGGCCUUGCUUGAACAGUCUUUGUCUGCGGUGUAAUAUAUUAAAACGAUAUCUCGGCAUACUUACAGUUAGGUCACAGCAAUCAGCUGUUGAUAAACAAAGAGUAAAAGAAAGUAAACAGCCAUAAUAAAACGAAUAUUAAUCAAGAAUUGAUUUGAGUUUAAACAAUGGAAGUGUUACCUAAAGAUGUGGUAUUGGAAUUCCAUGAAGACACAUUGAGUGGUGUUCGAAAGAUACACGGUUUGGACGAACCAGGCAAAAUGAGGGUAGUCGUCGACGCUUUGGAAGAAUGGGUGCAAAAGCAGGAGCAUUUCUUGAAAAAGGAUUUCUCCAGACAUUACUUGGAGACAACGAUAAUUUCGAGCAAAGGCUUAUUACAGCGAGCUCAGAAGCGCCUGCAGAAUGUUUGCAGGCAACGUCGGGAGCACCCUCAGUACUUCGGAGACUUCGUUAUUAAGAACGACUUCCAAGAGUUCCACGGUAUAAUAACACACGCAGUACUUCCGAAACAAACGAAGGAGUACAACAGAGUUUUGUUAAUAAGAAAUAUCGGAAAAAAGUUUCAGUCCAACUUUAUUCUACAAGUCAUUAGAAUUUACAUUAUGAUGUUUGAAUAUCUGAAGAUCCACGAUUAUUCUGAUGGACUUAUAUUGAUAGCAGAUUUAAGAGAAGUCAGUUUAAUGGAAGCAAUACGCAAGAUGAAUCUAUUUGAUUUGAGGCAGGCUGCCUCCAUAUUAAUUGAAGGCUACGGAGUGCGAGUGAAAGGCCUCCACAUAUUAUCUACAUCUAGAAUAAUUAACCUUCUGGUCUGGAUCCUUAAACAAGUGCUAAGUGCAAAGUUAAUUGGCCGCAUCCAAGUACAUCAGGGCGUUGAGACGCUACACAACGUUGUACCAAAACAUAUACUUCCUGUUGAUUACAAUGGCGAAGAGAAAGCUCUUGGCGACAUUCAUGACCAAUGGUAUGACGUCUUAAGCACAGCGGAAUUCAGAAGUUACCUCACGGAUAUGUUGAGAGCUAAAUGCGAUGAAUCAUUAUUACAAACUGAUGAUCCAAAUCAAAUAGACAUCACAAAUUUAAAUGUUGAUUGAAAAUACACUCUUGUUUUUAUAA